AUGGAGAGUUUUGACGCCUCUUCGCCGACGCUCAGCCUGACCACGCCACAGCAGUCCAAACCUGUUCCGAGCCACUCUGCAUCCGGAGGCGCCUUGUCAACAAGCUUGGGCGUCGACCGACGUCAUUCCAGUGUACCAAGUGAAAGGCGACAGUCCAAACAGCACGAAAGUCCCAAGCAAUACAGUCUCGACAGAUCCGAACAUCCUGAAAAACGUUCGCAAGGUCCCUUUGCCGAUUCCGGAAGACGGGAUGGCUUCAAUUUUGAUCUGAACGCGGAACCCUCGGAGGAACUAGACCUAACAGACGACCAGACUGAGAGGCAAGACCUCUGGAAAAAGGAAUGUUUAAUGAUCACUCAGCUAGAAUUACAUAUUCCGUUGUGCCACCAGGAGAGAACUCUCUCUCAAUACAAGGAUCGAACGGAAGUCUGA